AUGUGGCGGGAUAGAACAAACCUGUGCGUUUUUCCCUUCUCCGUUCCCUUGCAUCCCUCUCCUCCCCCCAGCCAAUCGACCUAAACCAACCCUCGGGCAAACAAACAAACAAACAAACAAACAGACAGACAGACAGACAGACAGACAGACAGACAGACAGACAAACAAGCAAACUGACUGCCACUGCCACUGUAGCUACAUCUCAUACCGUCAAUCCUACUCCCACCACCCCGCAAAGCGCCCCCGCUUCGCCUCCAGCGCCUUCCACGCAGACGAGGAACGCCGAGGCUUAAUCUCCUCCGGCAGUGGUCUCGGCGGUGAUGCAGACGACAACUUCAGCAGCAACGGCGAUGCGGUGAUAGAGAUGGACCUGCUCCCGCCCCGGUGGGCGGAUGUGUCCGACGAGGUUAGCGAACUGUUAGCGGACAUCUCGCGAAAGUCUUCGAAGCUGGACAAGUUACACUCGAAGCAUGUGCUCCCGGGGUUCGACGAUAACCGGUCGGCGGAGGAGGGGGAGAUCGAGAGGUUGACGGGGGAAAUUACAAAUGGAUUCCAUGAGUGCCAGAAGAAGAUCCGAAGGAUCGAGGGGAUGAUUGGUGGGGAGGGGGGCUCGAAAGGGGAGGAAGCCAUGGGCAGGAAUAUCCAAAUUAGUCUUGCGACGAAGGUUCAAGAGGCCAGCACUUCUUUUAGGAAGAAGCAGUCGGCGUAUCUAAAGAGUACUAUACCCUCCCGAUACGAACCUCCCUCGGGCAGGGUUUGACUUAGCUAUCCUAUGCUAAUGAAAGGGUGAUAGAGCUCCGCGGCCUCAGCGGUAUGACCACGCCCCUCGACCGGACCGGCUCUCCAAACCCCUUCUACCAGGACUCCGACCCAACAGCCGACAUCUCCUUCAGUCAAUCCGCCCUACAGCAAAGCGCAACACUAACCUCCAACGAUGCCUCUAUAAUGCAGCGCGAGCGGGAAAUAACCGAGAUAGCGAAGGGCAUCAUCGAGCUCGCUGACAUCUUCAAAGAGCUGCAAACCCUAGUCAUAGACCAGGGCACCAUGCUCGACCGCAUAGACUACAACGUCGAGCAGAUGAGCGUGCAUGUUAAGGCGGCGAGUAAGGAGAUGACCGUGGUAUGUUCCGCCGCACUCUAUAAAUCACCGCGGGAGAGGGGGGGAUACUAAUGGCUAUAGGCAUCAACUUACCAACGAAGAACCACAAAACGGAAAAUAAUUCUCCUACUAAUAAUCCUCAUAAUCGGCUUCAUCAUCGUACUAGCUAUAAAGCCCAAACGCAGCUCAAACCCCAAACCACCCCCGGACCCGGACACUCCCAGGCCUCCCAGGAUCCCGAUUAAGGAUGAUCCACCCAACCUUCGUAUUCUUCGCCUCCUCAGCCGGAGGCUAUAGUUCUCCCCAAGCAUGUCAGGUUCCGCAUAGUAUUAUGAAGGGGAGAACCCAGGGCAGUGCGGUAGAAUAUUUUGUGUGAACGUGGCUUUCCCUCACCUUCUCGCCUUUACCUUUUGUCAACCUUUUCACUUCUUUCGUGCUACCUCUGGCCUGUAUGGAUAUUCAGGCUACGGGACGAAUGGGCAGUUGAGUGAGGGGAGUUCGGAGUCGGAGUAUUAAUUUCCUGGAUGAAUUCUUCCCUCUGUUCCGGGAAGGUGCACAGGGCGUCACUCGGGUUUGGAAAAAAAAAUAGAACUACCAGUAUGAUAGCUGUUAGAGGAGUAUUUUGUAUUUUAUGAUAUGGCACAUUUAAAGCGGUUGUUAAAUGAUUUUUUCCUCUUUUUUCUUCUUUUUUAUUUCUAUGUCCUGUUCUAGGGAGAGGAAGAAAAGGAAGGAGGAAAAUUUAAACUUAGUUCACGGUG